AAUCCUCCGCAGCCAGUGAUCGAGAGCUGAGGCGUCAAAUGUACCGCAGCCACGAGGAGAUCUCGCGCCGCCGAAUAGAACCAGCUCACCGUUUGCUGCAAUUCGUACCCAAAUGCCAGAAACAUACACAAGCGCAAGCAAGAGAUGAAAGCUUGUGCUGCCACGGAUCUCACCGACGGAUGAACGAACGCGUCGAGGUAGAAGAUCUGACUCUGGACAGAAUGGAAAAAAUCACUUCACGUCUUCCGGUUUUGUAAUUGUGACUGUGUGCUUCAAAAACUCGUCGAUUUGGAAGAAGAAGUAGAAGAAGCAGAAGCGGAAGAAGAAGAGGAGGGGGAGGAGGAGGAAGAAGGAAUGGCGGUGGUGUUGUUGAGUUUCCCACGCUGGCGUGACACAUCACGGGCAACGGCACCCAACUGUAGCGUCGCCAACAAGCACGUCCCACUGUCUCGCCCCCUUAGUGCUUGAAAAUCAAAAAUAUCUACCCAUCCACACCAGACAGAUCCUGACGGGUUUGUUUGGAAAGACACAAAAAAACAAAAAAAAAAAAAGGAAACAAUCUUGAAAGCCCGAGAAGGACGCAUCUGGGUAACCUUGCGCGGCACGAAUCGGUGGGAAUUUAGAAAACUUUCCGUGACUGGGAGAUCUGUGCGGAAUGCCAACAAGGGUGAGCAGUUUCCAUAGCUGGAGGGACGAGUGGGUGGGUGAGAAGGAGGGCUGUGGCGGCGUAAGAAUCCAUGCACGGAUUGAUCGUUGGUUCACGCAUAUGAGUUGGCGGAUUCCUGAGGAAGCACAUGAACUCCAGCAUCUGCCAGUGAGCCGAAGUGGCACCGCGAGAGAAUAUCAUGUACGCUUCGUUCGAAACGGCUUGUUGGCUCUGAUCGAUCGUUGGGUCUUCUUUCACAGGGCUCUCGAGCGAGCCAGUGAGCUGGUCAUUCUCGCGUGGUGAAGUCGUCGAUUGGUUGUUGUUGUUGCAUUGGGGUGGAGUGCUACUGUUAGUGUGUUGGUGGAACGGUUUGCGACACGGGAGGUGGUUUGUCACGUCGGGUGGAGCAGGUGGCCAUGGCAACGGUGGGAUGUGAUCAGAGAGGUGGUUAGGAGUGGGGAGCAAGCUAGCGUCAGAUGGAUCGGAGACGAGACCAUAGCUGUAGUGGUAGAUCUAAUUGCAAUUGGAAGGGGAGCGGCUGUUGUGGGAUUGAGCAUUGUGGGGUGAAAGGGGUAGAGGCGACGAGUUUUUUAGGAGCAAGAACGAGAGCUACGGAGAGGUGUUGCGACGGGGGCGUGUAGUGAAGAAGGCAAUUGUAGGGGGAGAAUCGCCUUGUGAAGGAGGGGAGAGAGCGAGAGCGAGAGCGAGAGAGGCAAUGAACCCAUGAAAGAUCGGCGCGGAGGAAGUGACAGCAAUUGAUGCAGCUCACCAGGGCGUGAAAGAGAUGGCGAGCCGGGCCGCGCUUCGGAUCAAACCGGAAGGCGCCGGCGGGCGCAGGCUGCUGGUGGGUUUGAAACUCAACACCUCCUGUAGGAAGAUGCUCACAUGGACCAUCGCCAAGCUCGCGCAACCUGGGGAUCACAUCCUUGCACUGCAUGUCUCCUCGUUGCCGCUGUUCAAAGGGGCCACAAACAAGGAGGAACAGUCUCAUGUCAAGCGAUUGGCCAACACUUUGCGUGGGGUCCUAUCAGUUUACGAAAGCUUAUGCAAUCUUAAACAAAUCAAUCUACAAUUGGAGAUCGUCAUUGGUUACAAGGUCAGGCACGUCUUAGUCGAGGUCGCACGAAGUUACGAGGCUCAUAAACUCAUUCUCGGCAACAACGGAAGCUUCUCUGUUGGGUUAGUUAUAUCGCAGAAGAAGGCACUCGGUAGAUACUGUUUGAGGCGGCUACCCUGUACGUGCACGGUUGUGAUUCUCGAUCAGGGCGAGAUUAUUUUUGACAAAGCGGGAACUCUUGGCGCAGACAUGACAAAGUUGGACAUGAUUAAAGUGUUUCGGCGAAGUAUGAGGUUUGGGCGGCACAAGAAGCUGGGCAGCAGUGUCAGAUUGGAUGAAUCCGAAGAAACUGGAAAACCAACCGUUGGAAAACUACAAACCAGUUGUUCUGACAUACCUCAUUACCAACAAAGCGUUAUUUUCAGCUCUCCUCCUUGUGCCGAUCGGGACCUGAGCUUUGGGUCCUGUUCCUCGGCUCUGCAAGAAGACUUUUCGAACACACCUGUGCUUCCCUCAGAGAGACGCAACAGCACGUCUGGAUUUGAGGCUCUUCGCAUAUCAUUCUCCAAGCGCCGUGCGCAAGGGACACUAAAAGCAGCUCAACUCAAACUCUGUGCUGCGGAAGCAGAAGUUGAGAGAUCGGAUAUGUUUCUCCUUCAGAAUCAGGACAGCACUGACAUGACCAAGUCCGAUAACUUAUACAAUUCUUACCCCCAAGAUUCUGUAGAAUCUGAACAAAGUGUGACUGAUUCCGAAAUGCCAAGAGCUUCCGAGGAUGGCUUUGUGCCUGGUUGGCCACUUCUACACCAAACCAUGGGAUUUGAGAAAAAGAUUAAGCCAGCUGUAAGUAUCAUAGAUCGCGACUUGUCUGUUGUCAAGUGGGCUUUGCAACUACCAAAACGAGGGCAUGAUCCAUCACCAUUUCUGAAAGAAUCUAGGGAUGAAGCAUUAGAGAUCAGGACCCAGGUUAUGGCUCCUGGUCUCUCUCUAGCUCAAGAAGUUGGUUGCCUUUUCUUAAAUCGACCGUGUACUGCAUUCGCUUAUGAGGAUCUCGAAACCGCCACCUCCAGGUUUUCUCAAGACAAUUUGGUAGGACGUGGAGGAGGAAGCGAAGUCUUCAGAGGUAACUUGCAGGAUGGGAAGGUAGUGGCAGUAAAGCGACUAAACCAUGGUCCCCAAUCAGAAGUAGAGUUUCUGAUCGACAUUGAAAUGAACACAGCUUUGACACACCCAAACAUUAUUUCAUUGAUUGGUUACUGUGUGGAGUCAUCACAUAUGCUCCUUGUCUACGAAUAUCUACCCGAAGGAAACCUGGAAGACCAGCUUUAUCCGGCAGGAAAGGAAGGGUCGAUGCUUUCGUGGGAAGUCCGGCACAAAGUAGCAGUGGGUAUUGCCAAGGCUUUGGACUACCUUCACAAGGGUUGCGCUAGGCCUGCAGUUCACAGAGACGUCAAAACCUCGAACAUACUUCUUACCGCCAACUUUGAAUCUCAGUUAUCAGACUUUGGGCUUGCGAAGUGGCUACCCACCAAGGCUUCCUACCUCCUUUGCAAUGACGUUGUUGGAACGUUCGGGUACUUGGCCCCGGAAUACUUCAUGUAUGGGAGGGUUAACGAGAAGACGGAUGUUUUUGCAUUUGGUGUGGUUCUGCUCGAGCUUAUCACGGGCAGGAAACCGAUCGAUACCACCAGGCCCAAAGGCGAAGAAAAUCUCGUGAAGUGGGCAAGGCCUCUGCUGAGUGACCGAGCAGUGAACAGAUUAGUGGACCCUCAGUUGCAAGGCGUUUACGACGCUGGGCAAAUGAACAACAUGCUGAUAGCAGCCUUCCUCUGCAUUCAACAAUCCACGCAGCGGAGAGCACAGAUGAGUCGGAUACUACACAUCCUCCGUGGCGACCAUGACGAGGCUCUUAGCACCUGCUCAAGGUCCGAUGAGCCCGAAGAGUUCGACAGUGCCUGCGACGGAGGAGCACAAGAUUACUCUACUCACGAAGAUUCAACCAACGACAUCCGGAGCCACUUGGCGCUUGCGAUGAUGGGAGUGGAGGACGACGCAACGUCGCAGUGCAGCGUGGAUCUUAGCAGCGUUGACAUCCCUCAUUCAAACAAGGAGCUGGAAGAGUAUCUGGAAGGCCGAUUCAGCCGAUCAGCCAGUUUCGAGGACUAAACUCGCUGAUUAUUCACAUCUUGUUCACCUUUGACAUUGGAACAUUCAUAGAGCUUGAGGAGCCAAUUCAUUCAUGACUUCAACCUGUGAGGCAUCGAUCAGAAAAUAGGUCUGUACCAUACGAAAGCAGCUUUACAUUACCUUCAUCAUCUUCUUCUUCUUUUCCGCCUUCUUCGACAGAUUUGGAGAAAGAGCGGGAGCUUCGUGAAGCUCAAAGCCACCUCGUGUACAAUAACAACCGCGAGAUCGCAGCCUGUAAGAACCUUGUCACAGUUAGAUGUAGGUGGCACUAAGUGCAUAUAAUUCUGGUGUGUAUUGCAUUCAGACAAAGAGUAAAGACAGAGACAGAGACUGACAAAAUGACAGACUGCGGGUGCCAUCCUCUCAUAUUAUCAUUACACCGCCUUUUACCCUCUUCUGGGUUUCGUAUACAAUGUACUGUUUCUUGUUGCAGACAACAGCACCAACAACAACAAGCUUGUCGUUGUCGUCAUCGUCGUGGUCUUCUUUGCACCAUGUGAAGGUGACCCUUAAAAGCAUGACUUUUAGGAUUGAGUUUAUGGACUUGGACAUGACACUCGUUGAAAGUGUGGAUUUUAGGGCUGGCUGUGAGGAUAUUUUUGUGAUGGGAAACAAUAGUAAAACACAGUAUUUUAUGUUUUUAUUAUUCAAAGAUUAAUGUGACAAAAGUUUGGAAGAGCAAA